AUGAGGAAGAGGUUUUAUCCGUAAGAUUGGUUGUGUAUGAAGCUUAUCUGCUUCUAGGGAGGCGAGGUGUUUACGAUGGUACCAUAGAGAACAUGCACUUGCACUGGAAGCAUCGUGAGUUGGUAAAGAUAAUAGUGAACGAAAAUAGUUUUGUGCAAGUCACGCAUGUUGCAAUUGCUUUGGAGGCUGAGAGCGGUGGGAUACUCGUGUCUGUAGACAGAACUACCAAAGGCUAUGCAGUUACUAUCUAUCGUGGGAAGAACUAUAUGCUGCCUCGCAAGCUGAGGCCCAAAAAUUUAUUGACCAGAAGGCAGGCAUUGGCUCGGUCAAUUGAGCUUCAGAGAUGUGAGGCACUGAAGCAUCAUAUAGCAGAUUUACAGGAAAGGAUUGAGUUACUGAUGUCCGAACUGGACUCUGAAGAGGAUGAAGGCGAGGAGGCAUAUCCUGAGACAUGAUAGCAGCAAUUGAAGAUGGUUAUGACUAAAAGGAGCCAAUGCUAGAUAGAGCACCAGUUUACUUAGAAGGAGCUAAUGCUAGACAGAGCACCAGUUUACUUAGAAGGAGCUAAUGCUAGACAGAGCACCAGUUUCAUAAACUGAUUGACUUAUAAGUGGAUUAUAAGCAUCGAUCAACGGUAACUACCAGGGGCCCCAAAAGUAGAAAAACAAGGAGAAAGUGUACAACCUGUGGAGUUGUUAGGCAGUUUUCCUGAGCUGAAUAACAUAAAAUUGGAUAUCAGUUCUUGUUGCAUUAGUGCUAAUGAAAAUUCAUCAGCUACAGAAUCAUAUGUUGUCUGUGUAUUGUGGGUAAUUAUGGCGUUCAUAUUAUAGAUAAUUCCUUUUGCUUUAUGUAGAGAGUCCUGCGAGAAUGUGGCCCAAAUGUGGUCUAUUUUUCUCCUUUUCCCUUUUUGUUUCUCUUCACUACGAGUGUAUUAAAGUCCAUCAGUUCAUGCCUUAUCACUAUUGCCAUACUAAUUGAAUAACAUUCUGCCCUUUUCUUUUGUAAA